UUGUUUUAGUUUCAAGUUUGAGAUGAAAUUUAACGAGUUGUAGUUAUUAUGUUCAAAACGUGGAUUAAAAUUUGGCCUGAGAUCGAAAUUGAGACUGCGGAACAGCGUCGCAGAUUCGUCUAUCGUACCUUCAUCACAUUGGGCUGCUUUCUGCUGUUCGCCCUUGUACAAUGGGUGCCCAUCGUAUGCUUUCCAAAAAUCCUAGACGUGGUGCGACGACAUGAGUCGACCUUUGUCGUGACCUUUCUAAUGGCAAUGCUCUUUCUCGCGGUCUUCUUGCUGAGCGAUCAAAUACGCUACAUGCCGUGUGUGAGUUGGGUGCUUGUCAUUCUCGUUGUGGAGUGUGAGAUCGUGGCUCUGUCGCUGCUGGAAGUGGAGUCGAGUAUUAUGUAUCUAGUGAUUGGUUUACUGGUCGCCAUGAUUGUCAUGGUCUUUGCCAUUGUGUUGGCCCUGCUCAUGCCGCGUGACCUCACCAAGAGUAUGAAUUUCAUGUUCACCGUCUCCUUUUUCACCCUGCUGCUGAGCAUCUAUGUGGUCGUCUUCUUGGGCAUCCUGCGGCUGAGCUGGCCUUUCUUCGUUUACGCUGCAAUCAUCGUGCUGAUGCUGUUGCCCGUCGUUGUGUAUCACACACAGAGUAUUCUGGGCGUUGGCGGUCUGCGUACGAGCCUGAAGGAUGACAAGCUUGCCGCGCUGCUAUUGUUUACUGAUUUUCUGGCCUUGUUUAUGCUAACCUUCUACUGGCGUCCCACCCGUGGCGACAAACAAUAAAUGUCAUAUUUAG